AUGAUGGCGUUGCGGAAUUUGACGUCCAUGUUCGCAGCCUGUCGAAUAACCCCAAUCAGCUCGGUUCUUCCAUCCGUCAUAUCUCGCAAACUUAAUCUUCCUCCAGCUAUUCCCCAGCAGAUCAUGCAUCAGCACAGAUACGAACCUUACGCAACUCCGAUGCAUCACUGCAGCCCCGAGCAUGAGCGUUUGCUUAAAGAUGAGCUCAUGGGCUACCCUCCCUACCAAAAUCGUAAAAGUAGGUUGUAUUUUUUUGCUUAUCUGUUUGCUUUAGUUCGACACGGGUUUCAAGAUGCCAUCAUGGUUCGUGAUUACAAGCGUCGCAUAGUUGCCUCCCACUUUGCACCACUUCGAUCUAGACUCAACGCUAUCAGAAAAAAUAAUCUACUUCCGCAGGAUGUUCGGGAUACGGCCUCUGUGCAGAUCCAUAGUCUGCCGAGAGAUAGUUGUUUCACUCGCAUCAUGACGCGCUGUGUGAUGACAUCACGUCGUCGGGGUUGCAAGACACGAUGGCGGGUUUCGCGCAUCAUCUUCCGCUCCCUUGCCGAUUACAAUCGCUUGUCAGGUGCUCAAUGGGCCAUCUGGAUGUACAACACCUUUUCCACCCGUCGGCACAUGCACUGGCCACCGCCCUCAACCUGCUCCCCUGCCCAGUACGUGCGUCGGUACCACAAGAACAUUGCCGAUUAA